AAAUGGUAAGUAUGGUAGGUAUACGUUAGAUGACGUAUCGACUGAAGGUUUAAAAGCUUAUUUUACGGGAGAUGGUGAUUCAGACAAAGAUGUAAUUAUGAGUAAGAAUCAAAAGAAAAAGUUGGAAUGGGAAAAGAUCACGGAGAAAAGAUUGAAUAGAUGGAAGAAACAGGGUUAUUUAACUGGAAAGGGUAAACAGGGCGUUCAAGGUUUUAAAAAAGGUUAG